AUGGUUGGUGGACGUUCUCGUGGUCGUCGAGGGCAGGUUCCGAUUGAGGAAGUCCCACAUCGUGAUCGCAAUGUUCAAGAUGUGGCGAUUGAAGAUUUGCAAAGACAAGUUGUAGAGUUAACCCAACAAUUGGGGGAACAGGAGUUCGACAAUCAUGACGUAGAGAGUCACGAAUUCGAUACCAGUUUUGAAAACCCGUAUCACAAUCGUGCUCAAGUCUGGGAGCAUCAUGGAUGGGAGGAUCGCCAUGUAGACCUGAGUUUCAGAGUGGAUCUGCUGGAGUUUGCUGUGCCUGAAGCAUACCAGUGUGCACUUGUCAUGGAAAGGCAACAAAACAGGAAGCCGGUGGUCAGAAGUGAAAGUAGUCAGCCAGAACAUAGGGCUACUGAUUGCAGGAAGCCGACUGGUCAGAAGAAUAAAAAUCUUCUGAUUGAAGAGAAUGUGAUAGAGGAUAUCGAGGAGGUUGGAGAGCCUUAUAUGACGAAGGUGAAGAUGAGGAUGUGCUUUGCCGAUAAAGUUUGCAAGUUAAUCAUUGAUAGUGGCAGUUGUAAGAAUGUAGUGUCUGAAGAGGCUAUCCAGAAACUGCAGCUUAAGACAGAUCGUCAUCCCAAGCCAUACAAAUUAUCGUGGUUGAAUAAAGAUAUUGGGAGUGGAGAAAUGAUAUAUCCUCUACUACCCUGUGAGAAAAGUGAAGUGAAGGAGGACUCGAAUUUACCAGGAGAAGUGCAGCAACUGCUAAUGGAGUUUUCUGACUUGAUGCCAGAGGAUCUUCCUCUAGGGUUACCACCUAUUAGGAAUAUUCAACAUCAGAUCGAUCUUAUUUCAGGGUUGAGUCUGCCAAAUGGACCAGCAUAUCGUCUCAGUCCCAAGGAAGCUAAAGAGUUGCAGCGACAAGUUGUAGAAUUAUUGGAGAGGGAACAUAUUCGUGAAAGUAUGAGUCCAUGUGCAGUUCUUGCUCUACUAGUACCGAAGAAGGAUAGGUCGUGGCAGAUGUGUGUUGACAGCAGAGCAAUUAACAAGAUUACAGUGAAGUACAAGUUUCCAAUUCCUCGUCUGGAUGACAUGUUAGAUCAGUUGUCCGGUUCUAAGUUCUUCUCAAAAAUUGACCUUAAAAGCGGAUACCAUCAAAUCAGAUCAGACCUAGAGAUGAGUGGAAGAAGGAGUUUAAGACAUAGCAUGGAUUGUUUUGUUCUAUCUACUGAUGGUGUUCAUGCAGAUCAAUCCAAAAUUGAAGCAGUCUUGAAUUGGCUCAAGCCAAAAAGUUUGCACGAUGUUCGAAGUUUCCAUGGAUUGGCAUCCUUCUAUCGCCGAUUCAUCAAAAAUUUCAACAUUCUGAUAGCUCCUAUCACAGAGUGCCUUAAAGGGCGUGAUUUUCAAUGGAUUGAGGAGGCAAAGGCCAGCUUUCAAUUGGUUAAGCAAAAGAUGACAGAGGCCCCAAUUUUCGCACUCCCAGAUUUUGAGAAAGUGUUCGAGAGGGAGUUCAUCCUUGUUACUAAUCAUGAGGCCUUGAAGUACAUCAAUGGAGUUUACAUUUACGCUAGGCAUCAAGCAAGGAAUUUGAAUCGAGUAGCAGAUGCAUUGAGCCAUCGCACAUUACUCCUCACUACCAUGAGCACCAGAGUUGUUGGCUUUGAAGCAUUUUCUGAUAUGUAUGUUGGAGAUCCUUCUGUCGGGAAGAUAAUUCAGAAGUUAUCUGUUUCGUGGAAUGCAGUUGUGCAUUCUAGACUGUUCACUAAGGUAGCAGAUCAUUAUGACAUAGCGCAUUAUGUGGAACGGUGUUAUAUAUGUCAGAAGUCCAAAGGAGCUCUUACUAAUGCUAGACUGCACACGCCAUUACUUGUACCUGAGGCUCCUUGGUUUGAUGUGAGCAUGGAUUUUAUAUUGGGCUUACCUCGUACACAACGGGCAAUGGAUUCCAUUUUUGCUGUGGUUGAUAGGUUUUCAAAGAUGGCUCAUUUUGUGACUUGCCGGAAGACGAUGGAUGCUACUCGGAUUGCCCAUCUUUAUUUCAAGGAAAUUGUACGUCUACAUGGUGUUCCCCAUUCAAUCACUUAUGACUGUGACACCAAGUUCAUGAGUCAUUUCUGGAGGAGCUUGUGGAAGAAAUUGGGGACGAAGUUGAAUUUUAGUAGUGCCUACCACUCCCAAAUAGAUGGUCAGACAGAGGUGUUAAAUCAGAGUUUGGGAAAUCUUCUGAGAAGUUUAGCAAAGACUAAACUGAAACAGUGGGAAUUGGCAUUGCUUCAGGCAGAAUUUGCCUAUAACCGAUCGAAGAACAGAACCACAUGA